AUGCACGAACCAGAAUGGAUAUACCAGUUACCAUCAGCGAUUCUGGAAAGACGAAAUCUUCUGAUCAGCUUUCUUCGUCAGAAUCAGUUCCCGCCAAUGACACCGGAGAAAUACACAUUGUUCAAUCUUCAAUAUAACAUUCAGAAACGACCAUAUCCACCGAUUGAAUCCGACAAAUCUGAGCUUGAGCCUAAUUCUAGCGACAGUAUAUCGCAUCCUUCGUCAAAUGAUCCACCAUAUUUUCCAAUAACUUCAAAUCAGACGCACGCUUUACUGUACACUAAUCUUAUCUCCAUAUCAUUCCCGGUACUCAUUAUUGCCGUCGGAGUGACUAUAUUUCAUAUUUUGUUUGUCUAUUGCAUGUCAUAUGAUCAAAGCACAAAGUACAGAUUUUGCCAAAUACUAUGGCAUUAUUGGUCUUAA